AUGGACUCCUUCGUUUUCUUCGCUCAGAUGCUGUGCUGUGCACGCGAUUUGACCUGCGUCGGGGGGCGGGCAAAGCCCCAAACCUCGACGCGCUCCACUGGGCUCUCGCCGUUUACGGAGCCCGGUGUCGGAGUGGAGUCUGGUACAGGAGAGGGCGCGCGGCCCGAUCCUGCGCCGGCUGUGGCACACACGACGUCGAAUCAGCACGAGCCUGGGACGGCGGUGGUUUACACGCCGGCAAAUCAGCCUGAACCAUGGACGCGGGCAAUCCCAAAGCGAAGGGCCAAACGAAUCGACCCGCGCUGCGAUGGGAUUUUUGAGUCAAGGCCUACGACCCGGCCUGCCGCGCCAGCUCCAGAAGCCACGGAUGAGUCCUGCACGAAGGAGGCCCAGACUUCGGGGGCAGACGCCCGCGCAGAGCCUCACGUGCGCUGGGCAGCGCGGCCCCUGCUGGCACGCUCCGAGUGA